AUAGUUUUUAUUGGUGACAAAACAUUUCCAACCUUCACCAACCCAUUACCAAUAAUACUAUACCAACCACAAUUCUUUACUAUUCAUUCUCACCAACUACCCACCUUUUUUUUUGUUGCUCUUUAUUCAAAUACUCUCAAUUUUUUUGUGAGCACUGAAUAACAAGUAACAAUGGGUGGAGACAAUACCAAGAAGGUCUUCACUUUGGCUGAUGUUUCUCAUCACAACACUGCCAAAGACUGUUGGCUUGUCAUUCAUAAUAAGGUUUAUGAUGUGACAAAGUUCUUAGAGGACCACCCUGGUGGUGAUGAAGUCCUAAUAUCUUCGACAGGGAAAGAUGCGUCCAAUGAUUUUGACGAUAUCGGUCACAGCACAAGUGCGGUAGCAAUGAUGGACGAGUUUUACGUUGGAGAUAUUGAUUCAUCAACCAUCCCUUCUAAGGUUGACUACACUCCUCCAAAACAACCUCACUAUAAUCAAGACAAGACGUCCGAGUUCAUCAUCAGGAUCCUCCAAUUUCUAGUUCCUGUGCUUAUCUUGGGUUUGGCAGUUGGUAUUCGUUUCUACACCAAAUCGACAUAAGCAUUUAAACAACAAAAAACACUUAAAUUUUUAGCCACAUUUGCAAUAAUAUGUUAUUUUUGACUGUUGAAAGACAAGCCUGUUUUGUUUUCAAGUGCCCCAAUUAUGAGGUUUGCUAGGGUAUACAAUGUGAAUCUGUGAUAUUUGUUAUUGUUUGCCUUUUACUUGUAAUUUGCUGUUAAAUCUAAUACUGUCUUUCUCUGUCA